ACUGUUAUACUUCUCAUACGCCAGCCGGACAGUUGAUUGUGCUGCGCAGGGAAACGUGCAUGGACGACAUUGAGGCUAUGCAUUGAGGUCCUCUGAGAGGGGGAAUCAUGUACAGAAGAUUGUUAAUAAAUAUUAAUCAGGUUCGAAAUGGAUUAAUUCAUACGCACAAUACGCAAUUACCUUUACCUUCCACAAAAUGUAAAGAGAAGGAGAAUUUUGCCUCUGUUACCUGGGCCCCAUGUACAGCAAGGCCAUUAGGAACCAGUAGCAUCUCUUUUAGUGAAAAUAAAGAGAGCUCCACAUCCCUGUCAAAAGAUAAAGGAAAGACGCCCGAAGAAAAUGAGGUGAAUUCAGAGGUUAACACUGAUGGGCAGAGGAACACAGAAAUGAAUGAGGACACUGAAAUUUCAAAUGCAACAUUGACAUCACAGUUAGAGACUGGACCAGUGGUUAAACCUGAGGACAGCAAACAGGUUGAAAAGACAAAAAGUGGGAAGGAGAGUCUUUUGGAGCUACUUGGGGCAAUGAAGGUGGAGGUCACAACCGUACGUAAAAUAAGACCCUCAAAGACUCAAAGAAUGAGUGAGAGGCCCGACCAAGAGGCCAUGGAAAGCACACACAGCAUGUUCCAGCGUGCCACAGCUGAGGGUUCACAACAGCAUGGGACCUUGAAUCCAGCACUGGCUGCUGCAGCAGCAGCCUCUGCCGCCGCAUCCACCCUGCCGAACAGACAUCAGGCAGAGUCAGAGCUCCUUAAGCAGCUGAGGAAACAUGAAGCCAUACCUGAUGCCCAGAAGAGAGCAGACAUAGGACACAUAAUUGCUGAUAUGAAAGUUGGAAAGAGGCCGAAUGGCAGAUCAAACGUCAGACCAACCAAUCAGAUUCGUUUUGAUGAUGAUGGAAAGGGAUAUACUCAAGACCGAGGCAUUACCAGUGAACUUGAUGGAGUCCGUAGAAGGAAGAGUCCUUUCACUAGUAAGAGGUUGAACCUCUUUGCUGCAGGAGCUGAGCAAGACGCAUUGUCAGAUUUGGGCCCUACUCUUUGGGACAUUGAUCUAGCUAAUCAAAUUGUCCAGGCAACAAAUCAGAUGCCACGGAAUGGCUUUGAGGAGAUUAUCCAGUGGACCAAAGGGGGCAAACUUUGGCAAUAUCCAAUCAACAAUGAGGCUGGCCUGGAGGAGGAGGCGAGUGUGCCCUUCCACGAGCAUGUGUUCCUGGAGAAGCACCUUGAUGAAUCAUUCCCCCAGCAGGGUCCAGUCAGGCACUUCAUGGAGCUUGUAAUUACAGGCCUCGCAAAGAAUCACCAUCUCACGGUUCAAGAGAAAAGGGAACAUAUUGACUGGUUCAGAGACUACUUCAAACAGAAAGAUGAUGUCUUGAAAGAGGCUGAGGCAUAACUUAACUAAGGAUCGGACAAAGAUAGAUGACUUCGGAUGACUUCAACUGUACUUAAUGCCCUAGAACCAGCUAGUUAAGAUCCUAGCUGCAGUGAUAAUUAGCAAAGCUUGGUUAAGCAACUGGAAGUAAUAAAUGCAUCCAUAACCAGAUUAAAAGACUGAAUCAUUGUCGUUGCUUCUUAAUGGUCAGCUGUGUUAUACAACCUACUGAAAAUUGUCUGAUUUUUGUGUUUUUUACUAAAACAUAACUUUUUUAAUAGUUAAUCAUAAGUUUACUUGUGCAGCACUUUUCACUAUGCAUGUUCCAAAGCAGCAUAAAGAAUUGUAACUCCAACGUGAAAUUACUAUAAAUAUAUCUAGCUUUAUAAAGUGCUGUAUACUACAGCAAAUCUCA